AUGGACUGCCAGAAAUCAGCUGAUGAAGCAGACCGGCACAUUCAGCAGCUCACAAACAAGAUAAGACAGGUAAAAGGGAAGUUUGAUAGUGCCAUCAAUUCAUUGGAAAGGGCAAAGAGAAAGGUUGAUGAUGCCAAGGAGGUGUUCGAUGUUGCAAUAGGCAAAAUGGAAGGUGCUAGAAGAAAACUUGAUGGUAUCUGCCGUAUUAAAUCAUGUGGAUCAGGAUGGAACAGCUGCUGUUUCAGAGUCAAAAAUCCAGCCUGCCUUGCUGCCAAUGCUGCUUGUUGGCUCCUAAAGAAGCCACUCGACCUCAUUCUGCAAGCUGCAAUAGUUGUAAUUGACAAGAGCCGUCAUGUUGUUGACAUUGCUAAAGUCGCUCUAACCCUGGUACAGGGUGUGUUGCACACUGCAAAAUUAGCCCUUGAUGUAGCAAUUGGCGUUCUAGAAGGGAUCAAAAUCACCUACAAGGUAGGAGUCAAAGCAAUUUCUGCAUUGGUCGACUUUGCCCUCACAAAACUACUCAAUAUACGGGAAAUGCAUUUCAGAGUUGCUCUCGGUACAGCCAAAGGUGGUGAGUUUGACUGUGGAGUCAGCGGAGUUUUGCUGGGAGUAAACUUUAAUUUGAGGGUCAGGUUUAACAUUUUAGAUAUCUGGUCUAUCAUCAAGUUUUUCGCUGAGAAAGCCGUUUCUGGUCUCUCCAAGUUCAUUGGCUGA